AAAAAAAAAGAAAACAAUUGUUGAGACAUAUGACUAUGAGCGGUUUUAACCGUAGUAUAUAGUUUUUAAAUAAAUUAUCUAUUAAUUUAGUGUUAGAAAUUAUCAGAUACCAUGAUCCGAGAAGAUGAUCCUCAGUUUCGAAUAACUCCAUUUCAGCAAAUGGCAUCGGCUUGCAGUGGUGCCCUCAUAACAUCUCUAUUCAUGACUCCGCUGGAUGUGGUAAAAAUUAGACUACAGGCUCAACAAAAAGCUCUACUUUCAAAUAAGUGUUAUUUGUAUUGCAAUGGACUAAUGGAACACUUAUGUCCUUGUGGAGAAACGGCGUGGAUACCAAGACGAGUACAUUUUAAUGGCACUAUGGAUGCAUUUUACAAAAUAGCUAAGAUCGAAGGAGUGCCAGCUCUAUGGUCUGGUUUAAGUCCAACUCUUAUAUUAGCUCUUCCCUGUACAGUUAUAUACUUCGUAUCUUAUGAACAACUUCGAUAUAAAAUGAAAACUGUAUAUAACAGUUACUCUGGUGACACAACACAACCCUUAUGGAUACCACUGAUAGCAGGAGCAACAGCCAGGACAACUGCAGUUACAAUAGUUAGUCCUUUGGAGCUAAUAAGAACUAAAAUGCAAUCAAAGAGAUUAUCAUAUUCAGAAAUCAGCUCUGCAUUACACCAAGUCAUUAAAUAUGAAGGUUUUAAAGGAUUGUUCCGUGGUUUAGGAUCAACACUUCUAAGAGAUGUCCCUUUUUCAGGUAUUUAUUGGACAACAUUCGAAACGACAAAGAGAACAUUCAGUAGACCUGAUUCAGAAAAAAAUUCAUUUGUAUUUAAUUUCUUCUGUGGAUCUGUUGCUGGCAGUAUCGCCGCCUUAGUAACUUUACCAUUUGAUGUUAUAAAAACACAUCAACAAAUUGAAUUGGGAGAAAAAGAGAUUUACACAGAUGGCAAAGUUCAACAAAGAGCCUCGAAUAUGAAAAAUAUUGCUAGAAACAUAUACCGAAUUCAUGGAUUUAGAGGUCUAUUUACUGGAUUAUUGCCGAGAAUAUGUAAAGUAGCACCAGCAUGUGCUAUAAUGAUUGCAACUUUCGAAUAUGGAAAGCAAUUCUUUCAAAAAUAUAAUACACAACAGUAUAAAGAAAAAAUGCAAAGGUCACAAGAAAUUGUUUUCAUCAAUAAGUCUAGUGGCUACUCCUAGAAUUAAAGAAUAAAAUAUACAUUUACACUUAGUAAACGGAGAAAAAAAUCGAAUAAAACACUGACUAAUUUUACUAGCAAUAGUAUUUUAUGUGAUAUAACAGUAUCAGUUGGAACUAUUUGUGCAGAAAACAUCCAUCUCUCAUAUCAUUAUAGAUAGAUGUCUACUGGGAUCAAUUAAACUAGCUGUUUUCUAUAUAAAUAGCCUCAAUUUAUACUUAGUUUAGUUAUUAGAUACUUAUGUUUGACUGUGAAUAGUAGAAAAGAACAUAAACAGUAAAAGGUUGUGCCUGGCACAUCCUAUCUGCUUUGUAGCACUAUGCAUAAUGCACAUUUUGUAUUGUGUAUAGUUUUCUCAUAUACAUUAUAGUGCAGAGAGCUAUGAUAUCCACUUUUACUGAUUCAUUUCAUUUUCAUCAAUCAUAUAUUGUUAUGCCAAAUUUUAUUGUAGUAAUACAUGACUCCUUGUUAAGUAGAUAUAGUUAUAACCAUUUCCCCAAAAUAUAUGUUGCAAAGAACAUGUUAUGCAUUUUGAUGUAUAAGGAUCAAUCUGGUUGAUAAAAUUGUAUAAAUGCUAAAAGUUAAUUUUUUAGACCAUUUAUGAAAAUUACAAAAGUAUUACAGGAUUCUGUAGAAAUGUGUGGUUAAAUUUACUAUGCUUGAUACAAAUACGUCAUCCGCAAUACUAUGUUUUUCAUUCAAUUUGUCAGUAUAAAAUAUGACCCACCAAUUUUAUUUAUAAUCAUCUAAUCAAAGUAUGACAGUUAUAAUUGUAUAUUUUUUAUGUAAUGGUUAAUUCAUCUAAACUACUUUUAAUAAUUAAUUUGAAUAUGUUAAUAUUUUUAGUAAUAUUCUAAAUGUGAAAACGAGUGCUGCUUUAACAGAUCAACCAAUCUUCAAUUAAAUUUGGUAUUUAACAUAAGGAUGGAAAGGACAUAAAACUAUCUUUCUAUUAUAUCAAAAGCACAGCUAGCCAUAUAAUAAUAUAAAUAAGUUUUGGUUUUAUUAAUAUUUCAUGGAAGAUGUUACAUUAUUUACAAUUAAUAUUAAGCUGACACUACCAGCAAACAAUAUUAUAAAUCAUUUAAUACAUCUCAACCAAAAAAAAAAAAUAUAAUAAGGUGUCAUAAGAUAUUGUAUUGUUAUUGAUUUUAACUUUAGCUUUAUCAAUUAUAGAAUAAUAUUGUUGAAAUUAGAAUAGUUUUAUUUUUAGUACUAUGUAAAAGCAUUUAAAUUGCUUUUGUAUUUCCUCUAUAUGAAUCUAAUUUAUAUAUGCUUAGAAACAAUAUAAUUGUUGACAUAAUAA